AUGGUUGAACAAAAUUGUAAAACAAGCAUUGAGAACACACAACUUUCUCCACCUGUCAUCCAUACAUCCAACACUCCUUUUCACAAUUUACAUCCCACUCAUAUGAAAGAGCACACGAACCACAUGGGUCACCUUCCUCUUUUAACACAACCUUCUGGAAGUCCAAUAGUUGUCGAAAGAGAAUUUCGAUUCGGUAUUGAGCUUCAUCCAAAAAUCUAUGACGAAAACGACUCAGAGAUUAUGCUUUUCAAAAGAAUCAAUUUCAAGGUUAAGAAAGUGUUGAAACUGAAAUUAGAUGUUAAUUUCAAUCCAUUAUGUCACCUUAAAAAACACAUCAUUGAACGGUUUGGGCACGACAACCCCAAUAUUUAUGCUCGUAAAUCCGAAGAGCAAUGGCUGAAAACCAUCAAGCUUCAAAUCUUUGAAAAGCGAUUGGGAGAUUAUUAUGAUUUAGAGGAGUGGGAGCAAGUGGUUUAUCAACAAGAUGAGCACAUCAAAGUACUUGUGUUCUUUUAA